UUGAGCAUUUCAGCGGUAUCUGAUCAUGGUGAGCAGUGCCACUCAUCAGAAAACAAUUUAACGCAUCAUGCUGAAGUACUUGGGUUUUGCGAAGUUGUUGAGCUGGCUUUGAGAGGUGGGAAUGAAGGAGCUAUAAAAGGGGUAUUGAUUAUUUCUAGAAGAUCAAAGAUGAGCGCUGUUCAACCACUGAAGGGUAAAAGGAAAUUGAUAGACGAUGUUAUGGAGAAAGAAUUGACAAAGAAACUGUUUGGUAAUACGGAGCCGUCGAGUGAAUCAGAAGGCUCGUUUAGUGAAAGUGGAAGUGAAUCCGACGGUGAUAUUUCUGAAAGUGGAGAAAAACUGGAUGAGUCGCCUCAAGGCCUGAAACCAGUAUGGAAUGACGAAGAUGACAAGGAACUUCUUGUUAAUUUGCCUGCUGGAAGGAAAUGGAACUUUUUACGGAGGGCAACUGAUUUGGAAAGUGAAAAAAUUACUGCAAAGGAGUAUGAGGGGCGCUUAAGGGAAGAAUUUGAUCGAACUCAAGGUAAAGCAAGGUCAAGCUUGAAGUGGGCUACUAUAAAGGAAAGUGCAGAUAAUGAUGCUGGUGCUGGAAGUGACGAUUCUGACUUUGAUGGAACUCAGGAGGCAGUGAACGAAAUAGCUGCUUCUGCUGGAAGGUAUGUGACGAAGAGUGAUUUUUUACCUAAGAAGAUUAUUAAUUUUAAGCGCAUGAACGAUAUAACUCGAGGUCAUCGUGCAGAACGGAAACCAUUAACUGCUGUUCAGUUUCAUCCUUCUAAACCCGUACUUAUGACUGCUGGUGAGAGUGGCGUUGUAAACUUAUUUGAGGUUGGUUUGCCAGCUUCAGAAGAGUCGUUUAUACAGUCUACCCAGUUCGAAAAUUUCCCGAUUACCACUGCCAGACUUUCUAGUGAUGGAACAAAAGUAAUUGCUGGAUCUAAAAAAAGGAAGCACUUGUUUUCGUAUGAUCUUCUCGAAGGGAAGGUAAUUCAGCUUAGAGUUCCUAAAGAAGUAACAAACAUGAAUCCGGCUUCGUUUGCACUUUCUCCUGAUGGAAAAUACAUCGCGAUAGUUACUCAAGCGGAGAUCAAUGUUCUUUCUCUUGCUACUAUGGAACUUAUUGCCGUUUUUUUGGCGUCUUCUGGAGUAAAGGCUUUGCAAUUUUGCUCCUUAUCAAAUACUUUAUACGCCUUGACCGGUCAGUCUCCUUUAGUAUCAAGUUUUAUUGGUAUUUUAGAAACGAGUGAAGUGCAAUGUUGGGAAAUUCGCAGCUCAAGUCUGGUUAAAAGCUUUAGAGAUGAUGGUGGUGUUCGCGGCUCAACUUUUCAAAUCAGCGAAAAUAGUCAAUUCUUAGCUUGCGGAUCAAACACUGGCAUAGUGAACCUUUAUCAAAUGAAAGAUAUUCAGUCAUCAGCGUCCCCUGAGCCCGUUAAAGCUUUUGACCAAUUGACGACACAGAUUGAUGAUGUUGUUUUCAGCAAGGAUUCGCAAAUUUUAUUGAUUUCUUCAAGUAUUAAGAGAAAUGCUGUUCGGUUGGUCCAUACUCGCUCUCGUACUGUUUUUGACAAUUUCCCUUGCCGCACUGGAAGUGUUGGCAAUGUAAAUGUGUCAGAUUUUUCACCUAAUGGCGGCUAUCUGGCUAUUGGUGAUUUGGAUGGUAUUGUUUCUUUAUUUAGGCUUUGUCAUUUUGGAAGUUAUUGA